AAUACAGUAUUGAGAGAGAAAGAAAGACAGUGACACUUCCCACCGCAUCCUCUGCAGGAAACAGGUUCUUUUUUUUUCUUUUGACACUUGGCUAAACUGUGAAAAUGCACUACCGAGAAGGGGGGUUCUGUGUGUGUAUAUUUCCUGUCUAAGGAAGAGGGGUCAUUUUUAAGUUUCAGUCAUUUUACGAUAAGGACAUAGUACAUCCAGAUUAACUGUAGCUGAUUUCUAAUCCUCUGUCACAUCCAACUUGUAGAUUUCUCACACUGAUAAACGAAGGUUCACCAUGAUCUCUUUCUGGGCCAUGGUCCUCUUUCUGAUUGGUGACUCUGCUUGCAGUUCCAGUGAGAUGACGGCCAAAGAGGGCUCCUGUGUGACGGUCCACGUAACUCUGGACAUAUGGGGUUCUGGGUACAUUGUUUGGUUGAAGGACGCCGAGUGGAAUAAGGAGGCAAAUGAUUUUGAGGGCACAAUCGUGCACAGCCUCAAACCUGACAAACCCGCCGCGAGUGAAUUUAAAAACAGAGUGUCUGUGGGUUCCACUGAGUCCACUGAGUAUUCAAGGAACUACGAAUUGACCAUCAAUAACUUGAGACUGAAUGACAGUGGAAAGUACAUGGUUAGAUACUAUGAUAAAGCUUAUCCUCCUUACACAGUGAAAAAGAGCAGCAAGACUGAAAGACUUGAGGUUCAGAAGAACCCUUGCCAGGUCAGCGUAACAGGGCCGGAGCUGGUCCAGACGGGGGCGGAGGUGAUUUUGCGGUGCUCCACCGUGGGGCCCUGCCAGAACAGCCCCGAGUGGCGUAGCUCAGGGCCAGGCCUGGUCUCCAGUGAAGGACCAGGCACCCAGGGUGCGAAAACAGCCCAGCUGAGCUUCAAAGCGGACUGGUCACAUGACGGGGUGACGUUCUCCUGUUGGCCGUCGCCGAGCAACGAGGCGUGCGCCUCCAGAAACAUCACGUUGGCCGUGGAAUGUAAGCCACAUAAUUUUAAUUUUUAUUGUUUUACCUGCCGACGCUGCAAUCUUCAUAUCAGAGACACCGAAGCUACGUUUUACACAUGACUGAUAUCUGAAUUACCCACAAUGCUGUUGAUCCAGUCUCUGUGCAUUUUUUCCAUAUGCCUUCUUCCGUAGUUUACAGAAAGCUUUCUUCUUUAUCCCUUGUGUUCUGCACGAUACAUUUAUUACAAAAGAAUGGCAAACUACUCCAUUGAUAUUUGGGUUCUCCUCCUCAGCACCACUGAAUGUGCUUGUAUCAGGGGUUUAGGAUUAGGGUUCUCCUCCACAACGAGCACACUCACGUCUGGGAGACCAGGAUUAGGGUUCUCCUGCACAGAACCAAGCAUGCUAGUGUAGCACUCGUGUCACUGUGUCACAGGCAACUACAAGCUACUGGACCAGUUCUAGGUUUAAAGGAGUGGUUGAGCUAAAUAAAAUAAUAAACCAGAGACUACAGCUUUUGAAUGAAUGAGCCAGCAGUUUACUGAUAACAACAGGACAUAUAGCCUACUCACAUUACACAUACAAAGUAUUUACAGUAGGUAGAAGGCAGGCAAGUUACACUUAAACCCCCUUAGUUUUAUC